ACGUGGGGGUCCCGCGCUCCCAUUGGCCGGCGCCGGGCGAGGCUGCCACAUUAUUUUGUUACUUUUCAGUCCCUAUUUGGAACUGCUCUCGCGGCAGUUCAGACCUCGUGCUCGUCCCCCUCGCUGGUCUGUGUGUGGUAUCCGCAGGUCCGGGGCACUUUUUUGGGGUGUGUGCGUGUGCGUAGGUGCGCGUGCGUGUGCUAGUGUGUGUUUUGGGGGUUUGUCGGGGCGCGGAGCGGAGCGCCGGGCCGCGGGGAAGGAAGGAAGCCGCAGAGCGCCCCGGGCUCGGGCUGCGUCUCCCCGCCAGCGCUCUCCAGCCGGCGCGCUCCGAGGCGGCGGCGCCGAGUGCUCCUCGCUGGGGACGCGGCGCUCGACCUGGGAGCAGCGAGAUCCUCUUGGCGGAGGCUUCCUGGACCCGCUGGAGUUAGCAUGCCGGGGCGCUUGAUUUGCACCUCCUGAGCCCGGAGUUUCCUCCUCGGCCCUGGGAACGGCGCGCCGCGGCCGUGGCGGCAGCAGCAGACGGAGCAGCAGGCUCUCUCCUCCGAGGGGGGGCGUCGAAGCGCCCGCGCCGGGCUCCCGCCCUCACCCUCCGGCGUUCCUGCGGCCGAAGCCACCACCUCGGAGCCUUCCUCCUUCCUUUUCUCGCCGACCGCCGCCUCCAGGAUUGGACUCGCGCGUCCCGGAUGCCGGGGCUGCCCCGGCGCGCCCCCUCCCGGUGCGACGCGCUGAGUGACCCGGAGAGGACCCGCGCGCGCCCCGGCAGGGGCCCCGGGCUGGGGACCCGGCACCGGCCCGCCGGGGAGACAACGAUGUCCGCGCGGCCCCCGGCUCUGACGCGCUCCUCGCAGCCGGGGGAAGGCGGCCGGCCGCAGCCCGCGGGGCCCUGAGCUCACAAAGCCCGCGCCCGCCGCCCGGCCUCGGCGCCCGCCGACGACUUUGCCGCCUGCUCCGCGGCUCUUUGUCUCCUCUUGGGGCGGGCGCCCGAUUCUGGGAUUUCGCUGUGAGAGCGAGCUGGGGGGGCCGGGGGCGAGCUCUCGGUUUCCCGGCCGCCCCCCGCUGGGGCUGGGCUACCCCCUCCCCCGCACCUCCCCGACCCGGGCUCUCGGCACUUCCAAGCUCUCGGAAUCACGACCCCUCCCUGCCAUGUAUCCGCAAGGCAGACAUCCGGCACCCCAUCAACCCGGGCAGCCGGGGUUUAAAUUCACGGUGGCUGAGUCUUGUGACAGGAUCAAAGACGAAUUCCAGUUCCUACAAGCUCAGUAUCACAGCCUCAAAGUGGAGUACGACAAGCUGGCGAACGAGAAGACGGAGAUGCAGCGCCAUUAUGUGAUGUACUAUGAAAUGUCCUAUGGCUUGAACAUUGAAAUGCACAAGCAGACAGAGAUUGCGAAGAGACUGAACACGAUUUUAGCACAGAUAAUGCCUUUCCUGUCACAAGAGCACCAGCAGCAGGUGGCACAGGCUGUAGAACGUGCCAAGCAGGUCACCAUGACGGAGCUGAACGCCAUCAUCGGGCAGCAGCAGCUACAGGCGCAGCACCUCUCCCACGCCACGCAUGGUCCUCCGGUCCAGUUGCCACCCCAUCCGUCAGGCCUCCAGCCUCCCGGGAUACCCCCUGUUACGGGGAGCAGUUCGGGGUUGCUGGCGUUGGGUGCCCUGGGCAGCCAGGCCCACCUGACGGUGAAGGACGAGAAGAACCAUCAUGAGCUGGACCACAGAGAGAGAGAAUCCAGUGCGAAUAACUCGGUGUCACCUUCAGAAAGCCUGCGGGCCAGUGAGAAGCACCGGGGCUCCGCAGACUACAGCAUGGAAGCCAAGAAGCGGAAAGCAGAGGAGAAGGACAGUCUGAGCCGAUAUGACAGUGAUGGAGACAAGAGUGAUGACCUGGUGGUGGACGUUUCCAAUGAGGACCCUGCAACUCCCCGGGUCAGCCCUGCACACUCUCCUCCUGAAAAUGGGCUGGACAAGACCCGGGGCCUGAAAAAGGAUGCCCCCACCAGCCCUGCCUCCGUGGCCUCCUCAAGCAGCACACCUUCCUCCAAGACCAAAGACCUUGGUCAUAAUGACAAAUCCUCCACCCCCGGACUCAAGUCCAACACACCAACUCCGAGGAACGAUGCCCCCACUCCAGGCACCAGCACGACCCCAGGGCUCCGGUCAAUGCCGGGUAAACCUCCAGGCAUGGACCCGAUAGGUAUAAUGGCCUCGGCCCUGCGCACGCCCAUCUCCAUCACUAGCUCCUACCCGGCACCGUUUGCCAUGAUGAGCCACCACGAGAUGAACGGCUCGCUCACCAGCCCCAGCGCCUACGCCGGCCUCCACAACAUCCCGCCCCAGAUGAGCGCGGCUGCUGCGGCCGCUGCCGCUGCCUAUGGCCGAUCACCAAUGGUGAGCUUUGGAGCUGUUGGCUUUGACCCUCACCCCCCAAUGCGGGCCACGGGUCUGCCCUCAAGCCUUGCCUCCAUUCCUGGUGGAAAGCCCGCAUACUCUUUCCAUGUGAGUGCCGACGGGCAGAUGCAGCCGGUGCCCUUUCCCCACGACGCCCUGGCAGGCCCCGGCAUCCCAAGGCAUGCCCGACAGAUCAACACACUUAGCCACGGGGAGGUGGUGUGUGCUGUGACCAUCAGCAACCCCACGCGACACGUCUACACAGGCGGCAAGGGCUGCGUGAAGAUCUGGGACAUCAGCCAGCCGGGCAGCAAGAGCCCCAUCUCCCAGUUGGACUGCCUGAACAGGGACAACUAUAUUCGCUCCUGUAAGCUGCUCCCUGAUGGGCGCACGCUCAUUGUGGGAGGUGAGGCCAGCACGCUCACCAUCUGGGACCUGGCCUCGCCCACACCCCGCAUCAAGGCCGAGCUGACAUCCUCAGCUCCCGCCUGCUACGCCCUGGCCAUCAGCCCUGACGCCAAAGUCUGCUUCUCAUGCUGCAGCGACGGGAACAUUGCUGUGUGGGACCUGCACAACCAGACCCUGGUCAGGCAGUUUCAGGGCCACACAGAUGGGGCCAGCUGUAUAGACAUUUCCCAUGACGGCACCAAGCUGUGGACUGGGGGCCUGGACAACACAGUGCGCUCCUGGGACCUGCGGGAGGGUCGGCAGCUGCAGCAGCACGACUUCACCUCUCAGAUCUUCUCGCUGGGUUACUGCCCCACUGGGGAGUGGCUGGCCGUGGGCAUGGAGAGCAGCAACGUGGAGGUGCUGCACCACACCAAGCCCGACAAGUACCAGCUGCACCUGCACGAGAGCUGUGUCCUCUCCCUCAAGUUCGCCUACUGUGGCAAGUGGUUUGUGAGCACUGGGAAAGAUAACCUUCUCAACGCCUGGAGGACCCCGUAUGGAGCCAGCAUAUUCCAGUCUAAGGAAUCCUCAUCUGUCUUGAGUUGUGACAUUUCGGCGGAUGACAAAUAUAUUGUAACAGGCUCUGGUGACAAGAAGGCCACGGUUUAUGAGGUCAUCUACUAAACAAGGACUCUAACAGGGCUGUCAAACUCUGGGAGAAACAGACUCGGCUGUGACAGGGAGACCCCGGCAAGGGGCCCCCGAGGACGGCGGAGGACGGGCGGCGAGCAGCCGAGCGUCCCAGGGCUGAGCUCCGGCUGGCUGCGAGGGCGCGUGCCCCGUCACGGUCCUGACUCCUGGGCAUGGAUUGAUGUGUCUCGCAGACUCGGUGGAUUUCUCUUCUCCUCCUCCCCCGUAACAAUCCUGGCAGAUGUUACAAAUAGAUUUAUUUGGAGGCUCCUGGCUCCAGUUCCC